AUGGCUGGCCCAGCGGGCGGGAGCUGGGGCCUACCGCCAUCACAGAGUGCAGCCCCAACGCCCUGGGUGACCGUCCUGCAGCCCCUCCCGUGGGUCGUCCCGCCUCUGCCCCCGCAGCUGGGCCGCGUGAAGGAAGAACUGCUGGAGUUGAUGAUGCUGCAGAAUGCGCAGAUGCACCAGGUACUACUCAGUCGCCUGGUGGCUUGGGCGCUGACUCCCGAGCCCGCCACCAGCCUGCAGGUCUACCUGGAGGGUCACCAGGAGUCUGAGGAGGAAGAAGAGCUGAAAGUCCAGGAGGGAGAGCCUUUGGUGUUCCACCACCACUACCUGCCCUGCCCGCUGCCCACCCUGGGCCCUCUGCUGCCCUGGCCAGCCCCUCUCCUCCCCCCUCCCUCAUGUCAGCCCCAUCUGCAGGCCACCCCCAGGAUUCAGCACUGCUCUCCUGCCCCUAGGAAGAGGGAGGCGAGAGCCGUGCCCCCGCCCCCACCCCCCAGUGCCACCGGGACUGUGGGUGCGGAUGUCCUCCCAGCUUCAGAUUACUAUGAUGCUGAGAGCCUGCCAUGAGUAUGGAUGCUGGCCCUGGACCCGUGCCAGCUUCAUCACAGGGUGGAAACUCCCCUGGGCCCCCUGCCCCUCUAGCGUGCCUGUGGUCUGUGCUCCACGCCUAGCAGCCCUGCCAUGCCCUGACCCUGGCGGCCCUCCCCUCUGGUGAACCAGUUCCCUCUGCACCCCACUGCAAUCCUGAGCAGACUGAUCUUGGCUCUGGGGUGAGAGCCUCUGAGACCACCACCCAGGGCCUGGAAGCCACGUAAAAGCCCAGCUCUGCCACACUGUUUCCUGGCCGGAUGCGCUGACAGGGCUCAGGGCCUCCUGUUGGCCUGAUAAU